GAACGUUCUCGUUUCUGCCGGCGUGAGGUUACUUAUUCAAACUUCUUUCUUAUAUCAUAUAUAUAUAUAUAUAUAUAUAUAUAUAUAUAUACACAUAUAUAUAUAUAUUUACUUUUUUCUUCUCAGUCGAUAUCGACGUUUUCCGACGUUGUCGACGACGCGACAUAUUUUUUACGCACGUAUGUAUAUAUGCAAACGCGUAUGUGUAUAUAGAUACAUAUAAUACACUUAAAAAAAAAAAAAAAAAAAAGAAAGAAAGAAAAAAAAAACGUAUAUGCGUUUGUUAACGAUCGAUCUCAUCGAGUAAGAAAAUCAACGAAGAAGGGCUUCAUAAUCCCUUUUCCUUUUCUUUCUCUGUACUUCCUCUGUACUUGGUCCUCUCGUUACUAUACGACAAGUAAGGAAAACCUGGAGAUCGUAAAAGUGGUGAGGAAGGGAAUUCAUAGAAUCGUAGUUUUCUUCUUGUACUGUCACGAAUAUUUACAUCGUGAUGUACUACUGACAAUGUUUCUCGUCGCACCUGUGAACGACAAUCGUUGGAUCUACGCCAUGCACGGACUAGAGAAACCUAUGGAAUACGUGCCUGCCGGCGGUGUAAUGGCAGGAUCGGUGGCAACUUUGGCGAUAUUAUGGGUGUCCCUUCAAUCUAUGGGACUACUUGGUUAUUCCAAUUCUAUGGAGGCCUAUAAACUACCCAUAUCACUUCAGAACUAUCUUGCCAGCUACACUGAUAUUUUUACAGGCUUGCCAUCUACAGAUAUUCCUUCAGAAGGCGUCAUAGAUACAGGUCUUUUUCGAAAUCGACAAUAUCCCAAGAUCACCGAGUCGACUUUGAAUGAAUCUUUAAGUUUCGCGAAGACGCUCGUAAAUCGGUUGGGAACACUAGAAAAGAACAUUGUCAACGCCGGUAUUCAAUUUGAUGCUAAUAGUGUUGCCGGUAAACAAUAUAUCAAUGGAUAUCCUUCAGAAGAUGCUUUGGAGAAAGGCAUCGAUGCACUUUUGGUUACGAAAGCUUCCUUGUACCUCAUUCAUCAAAAUUGUCGACGUAGAUUUGGCCUAUCUAAGGAAGAAUGUGCUCGCUAUAUAUCAACCUUGAAAUUAGAGGGCACACCAAUGGGUAACAAAUGCUUGACCUCGCACGUAUCAAGUUGUGAUUCAAAAACGAAGUAUCGAAGUAUUGAUGGAAGUUGCAAUAACAUCGAUAAUCCUAGCUGGGGCAGUGCCAUGACAGCAUACACAAGAAUCCUCUUCCCUCAAUAUUUCGAUGGCAUUCAAGAGCCGAGAAAUGUGGGACAGACGAAGAAACCAUUACCAAGUGCGAGAACAAUAAGUACAUCAGUGGCUGCUUAUAAUGGCCAAUCCGAUCCCACCAAAACUCUUGCCGUCAUGCAAUGGGGUCAAUUCAUUUCACACGAUCUGGCACAUACACCAGUUCGCAAAAUGGUUUCAUCGGGAAAACCAAUUUCUUGCUGCCAAACGGAUGGAAACGUUUUAUCUCCUCGUCACAUACAUCCAGAUUGUGCAGCUAUAACGGUGCCGGAUAGAGAUCCUAUCUAUGGCACUCAGUACAUUCGAUGUAUGAAUUACGUACGUUCCAUGCCAGUUUUGAGGUCGGAAUGUACCUUUGGUCCCUUGGAACAAAUGAAUCAAGUGAGUCACUUUUUGGAUGGUUCCACGAUCUACGGUUCCGUUCUAGCAAAAUCUCGUGAAUUACGAGAAUUUCGAGGUGGUAGACUUCGCACAGAUGUUCGUAAUGGUCAUGCAUUUUUACCAUUUGAAAACGAUGCCGAAAUUGCUUCUCAAUGUGAAGGAGGUUGUUACGAUUCUGGUGAUGAUCGCGUCAACGUUUAUCCUCAAUUGGCUGUAAUACAUACAGUUUGGCAUCGUGAACAUAAUCGCAUUGCGAAGAAACUCGCUAAAUUGAAUCCUAGCUGGACGGAUGAAAUCCUAUAUCAAGAGGCUAGACGUAUUGUCAUUGCUGAAAUUCAACAUAUAACUUACAAAGAGUGGUUGCCCAUUUUAUUGGGUAGAAUCAGUGUUCGAGCCUUAGGACUCGGUACUGGUUAUAAUAGAAAAUAUGAUUCUGAGGACGAACCUGCAGUUAGCAAUGAAGCAGCUACAGCUGGCUUGCGAUUUUUGAAUUCACUUAUGCAAGGAAGACUGAUUAUGCCAAAUAAUGCGCAUCAAAUUAAACCUCUGGAAUUGUCAGAAUAUUUUUUUAAUCCGCGAGUGAUUGAAUCCGACGCAAUUUUUGACGGUUUACUUCGUGGUCUCUCAACACAGACCAGUCAGAAGAUGGACAUAAGUUUUAUUCCAGAAAUUACCAGCAAAUUAUAUAGCAACCGUAAGAAUGAUCUUGGUUUAGAUACUAUUAGCUUAGACAUACAACGUGGUCGUGAUCAUGGAUUACCUGGAUAUAAUUACUACAGGAAACAUUGUGGAUUACCUAUCGCUAAGAAUUUCAAUGAUUUCCUUGAUUACAUUCCUAUGGAGCUCGUAAAUAAAUUACGCUCCGUUUAUACUCAUCCUAAUGACGUUGAUCUUGUGAUCGGUGGUAUGGCAGAAAGGUCAACCGACGACGGUCUUCUUGGUCCCACAUUCAGAUGUUUAAUUUUGGAACAAUUCGCAAGAACACUUCGUACAGAUAGAUUUUUCUACGAUUCUGUUAUGCAACCGUACCCCUUCACACCAGAUCAAUUGGCAGAAAUACGUAAUGUUACUUUAGCAAGAAUAUUCUGUGAUAAUGGCAAUAAUAUCGAAAACAUGCAAUUAAAUGUUUUCCUCAGACCACAAGAAGGAAAUGAAAUCCGUUCUUGUAACGAUUUCGAAGCAAUACCAAGCAUGGAUCUAUUUGCAUGGGCUGAGAAGGCUAAAGCGUAUCGUUGAAUUAAAUCAUUAAUUGGCUGGUCACAUUACUGCGUUGCGCCGGCUCAUCCAUGAGCAAGAUUGGGCUUGGUGAAGAGAAAGAAGCGUGAGUGAUGUCUUAAGAUCUUCGUGAUAUCAUUGUGUCUUAAGUUUCUAACGUCAGGGAGUGCUUUCUUGAAUCUAAAUGAGGAUGUAUAAUAUAUGGUGGUCACUAAUAUGGUUCAGGAUGAAGCGGCAGAUGUUAGUGUGAUAAAAAAAAAGCGAAGAUACGGUGAAAAACACGUGACUAGUCGAUUAAAGAAAUAGGUCAGCUAAGAAUAAGCUGAAA